UUGGAAAAUUACAGCGAAUUGGAGUAUGAUAAAGACAGAGACCCAUAUGGAAACGAUGACGAUAAUGAUGUAGCUUGUAUUUACUGCAACGACCUCUAUAAAAUUCCAAGUGUGAAGGUUGUCGAGAGAGCGAAUACUGCUUUGCCAGGAUCUCCUCAGGCUCAAAGUAUUGCUAAAAUAACGAUAGAAAGCAUUAAUUUGAAAGUGCCACAUCUCACACCCAACGAUGACAUAAAGUUGCAGCUGUUGACACGUAUCAAAGCAGAUGAGCCUUUGAUGAUACCGUUUCGCCGAUGGGAAUUGCACGAGCUACCAGCACUCACACAAGGAUCUACCAUAGAAAUCUGGUCCGUCAAGACGUGUUCUGCAUUGGACAGUCCAAGAUAUGUUAUAGUAUUUUUCCAAACGAAAAAAGCCGAUAGUUUGCAUGAAGACGUCACCUUGUUCGAUAAUGCCAACAUCAAAUCCAUACGAUUGGCUCUGAAUAGCGACUAUUAUCCGCAAGAACGAAUGCUAUUGGACUUUUCCCGAGACCAAUAUGCCGACGCCCACUUCAACUAUACAGAGUUCAACAAGAGCUACCAUAACUGUCAAGAAAAGCGCUCUCUAGUAAACUUUGCCGAAUUCAAAUCCCGACCAAUGUUUGUUAUCGAUUGCUCGAGGCGCCAUCUGGAGGUUUUGUUUGAAAAUGGUCCAAUUACUGGCAACUUUGAAGGUGGUGAUGUCAGAUCUGAUUCUGAAGAUGAUAAUGUUACAACUAAUUUUGGUGGUGGUGAUGUUACAUCUUCUAAUGAAAAUGAUAAUGUUACAACGGAUAUCGGAGUUGUUGAAAUAUCGUUGUCUAGUAGAAUCAGAACUUGGGCACUUAACCAUAGUAUAACCCAUACAGCACUCAAUGAUCUCUUGAGAAUAUUAAAAACAUCCAUUCCUUCAGAAGCAAAUAUUUGCAUUGAUGCACGAUCAUUGUUGUCUACCCCUCGUACUACAGACGCAAUGAAACUAAAUCUGAAGCUUGAUGAUUCUUUGUUCGUCCAAGAAAUGUAUUGUGCUGUCAAAUUCAAUGGAAAGGAAGGGAGAAGCGCGCCAUGCAGUAUAGUACCACUUUUAUGGUUGAACAACAACAACAAACUGGUUUAUUGGCCACCGACUGUCAGUAAGAAGAAAUUUGAUAAUAUGGUCAAGAAACAGACGCCAUGUGAUAUGACAUGGAAAACGUACCAAGUCAAGAGAGUCCUAUUCAAGUCAAAUGAAAUAAAUGAUGAAAGUUCAGAUGAAGAAGCUCCUACCAUCACAGAUGAGAUCACAGCUGAUGCCGAUGAAGACUUAGUUCUUUCAGAAUCAUUCACGAAGUCGGUGAUCGAUGCAUUCAGCACUACAAAUCGCGACCCAAAAUACGAAAAUAUGGAAAAUUCUUUUGCGCGCUUCCCUCUCUCUAUCAAGAGUGAAGACACGCGCUACGAAAUGGAAUCGCGAAGGCAGGAGUUCGAUUGCAGAGCGCUUGGGCCGCAUCAGAAGACCGAUACCGAGGAGAGGAAGAUACCGAGAGGAUACGAGAGGAACCGAACAGACCGGAGCUACCAGAGCUUGUAUCAUUGGCAAGUCAGUCAACAGCCAGACACCGACCGGAGAAGAAGCACCGCAGUACAACCGAACACCGAAGACCAGACUGCAUAG